AUGGCUUACCCGAUUGACAAUGCAAGUCUCGACCUAAUUCUGAGACUCCAAUUGGAGGAUGCAGAGGGCUUGCUUAGGGGGAAGCACGCUUUUGGCGAGGAACCGGAUGUUGAAUUUGCAGCUCAAUUGUUCAAGAACGAUCUUGAACAGCUCCAGACUUUCAUUUCUGACAAUAUCAUGUCCCGCAGCAUUGCUCAAGCGACCUUGAUGGAUGGUGAUGCCAUCCAAGCCAGUAUCGAUGAAGAGCAGCAGGCCACGUACGACAGAGAAUACGCGACAAACUUCGACUCUACGAACAACCCGCCACGCACAUACUCAUCUGUGCCGCUUAUUGAUGAUGAGAUGAUGGGCAAACUCGCCGUCUUAUUCGUUGGUGCCGGCGAUUUGCCUACUCAUGCUGCUCAUGCUGAAUCCUCGUCACAAGGGGCGAAAGCAGGCGAGCUGCGUGCAGACUACAAUACUCGACACUGUACCGGCUGCGAAGAGGAUGUCUCUAAGUUGGAGAACCAUGACCCUCAGAAUCUCGUCCUAACUCUACGUCAGCGUGUCGCUGUGGCGCUCAAUUUUGUUACGUUUGCGGAGAGAGGUGGAAGACUUGUGCUUGUGAACAGUGGCAUGAAAACAGGCUACUGGAUCGUGCCACUGCUGUUGUUGAUCGAGAUGCGGGGCACGGAUUGGACGAUGCGGAGCGAGCUGUCCGAAUGGAACAAGAACAGCAGAACUUGCGAGAUAAUCAUGAAUGCCGACAUGAGACUUGGAGGCACCGUGAGGGCUCUUUUCAGUGCGAGGAAUGUCGGAAUCAGCUUCCUCAGUACAUUUACGAAUGCAUCGACUGUCGAGUCUUGGCUUGCCGAACAUGCCGACGCAACCGACUUUGAAUACACAGACGAGAUGGCCAGCUUAGAACGCAGUCAGCCGUGA